AUGCGACCUGGACCUGCCGACGUGUGGUCGUUGCCGCAGGGCGAGGAAGGACUGCGUCUAUCCCUGGAUGGCAAUUGGAAGCGCGGAACAACUAGGACUGAACUCGCCGCCUACGAGUAUGAGAGCGGAUCCGAGUAUAACGCAGGAUCUGAGUCACAUCUGGCAAUCUGGUGGUGGAAGCAACAGCAGCAGCAGCAGUGGGAGCAGCAGCAGCGGGAGCAGUCAUGGCGGUGCAUACUUGUCUCCGGGCCCUUCGACCAGGACCAGGCCGUCUUGUCAUUGGGCCGUUAUUCGGGGCCGAUAGAGCCCACCCCCUUUGGCCGGGAGUUCUCCACCCCCGAGUUCUUUUACUUUGACAAUGCCAACACUGCUGUGACGACUGGCCAGAUAUUCCAGUCGCGGACAGAGUGGGCGGCUAGCCGGUUUGCGAUCCAGCCGCAAAUCCUGGCCAUGACGGGCCAGAACUGCUUCAUCCACCACACGCAGGUGUCGGCAUCGGAGGUGCUGCAGGAGGCCCUCGCCGCAAGCGCGUUGCACUGCAUGAGGAACACGGCCAAUGCAGCGCUCGUGCGAGGCGAGAUUGCCAAGCGAGUCGCCCGUCUCAUUGGCUCCAUCCGCCAUGCGAUUACUUCCGCAUCCGAAAUCGCCGUCGGAGCUGAGCUCGACCUGCUGCCGGUAUUACAGGCCUUUGUCGUCUACCAGUGCAUUCGGUUCUUCGCGAGAGACGACUUCGAAGAGCGAAUGCGUGCGGAGCGAGACGAAGCCAUUGUUCAGGCGCUGCUGUCGGCCUUGUACCCGCGACUUCGGUCGUUCUCCAAGACCAUGGACAGCUGGGCUUCCUGGAUCUACUACGAAAGCAUGCGCCGCACCAUUCUGACCGUGGAGAUCCUUUCCGGCACGUAUACCUUCCUGAAGCAAGGCUGGGACCAGGCCGAGGCGCGCACGCUGCAGCUCAAGUUUACGGCGCAGGUUGCGCUCUGGGAGGCCAAGACGGCUGUGGAGUGGGAGGCCAUGUGGGAGCGGGGGCCGAGGCUGCAGGUGACGGUUCGCACGUUCAUCCUGGACACUCGGGACGCACUGCCGGAGGAUAUGGAUGAUUUAGGGAUGGUGAUUUGGGGGUUUCAUCAUGGACUUGACGAGAUGGAGAAUUGGAUGGGUAAGAGGAGGCCUGUGAUGGUGAGAUGGGGGCUGCGGUCUGAGGACUGA